AUGAUUCCAAGUAAGAAGAAUGCUGUUCUUGUGGAUGGGGUUGUGCUGAAUGGCCCUACAACAGAUGCAAAAGCUGGAGAAAAAUUUGUUGAAGAGGCCUGUAGGCUAAUAAUGGAAGAGGUGGUUUUGAAAGCUACAGAUGUCAAUGAGAAGGUGUGUGAAUGGAGGCCUCCUGAGCAACUGAAACAGCUUCUUGAUUUGGAGAUGAGAGACUCAGGCGAGCCACCCCAUAGACUAUUGGAACUCUGUCGGGAUGUCAUACGCUACAGCGUCAAAACUAACCACCCAAGAUUUUUCAACCAAUUGUAUGCUGGACUUGAUUACUACUCCUUGGUGGCCCGAUUUAUGACUGAAGCAUUGAAUCCAAGUGUUUAUACGUAUGAGGUGUCCCCAGUGUUUCUGUUAGUGGAAGAAGCGGUUCUGAAGAAAAUGAUUGAAUUUAUUGGCUGGAAAGAAGGGGAUGGAAUAUUUAACCCAGGUGGCUCAGUGUCCAAUAUGUAUGCAAUGAAUUUAGCUAGAUACAAAUAUUGUCCUGAUAUUAAGGAAAAGGGGCUGUCUGGUUCGCCAAGAUUAAUCCUUUUCACAUCUGCAGAGUGUCAUUACUCCAUGAAGAAGGCAGCCUCUUUUCUUGGGAUUGGCACUGAGAAUGUUUGCUUUGUGGAAACAGAUGGAAGAGGUAAAAUGAUACCGGAGGAACUGGAGAAGCAAGUCUGGCAAGCCAGAAAAGAGGGGGCAGCACCGUUUCUUGUCUGUGCCACUUCUGGUACAACUGUGUUGGGAGCCUUUGACCCUCUGGAUGAAAUAGCAGACAUCUGUGAGAGGCACGGCCUCUGGCUUCAUGUAGAUGCUUCUUGGGGUGGCUCAGCUUUGAUGUCGAGGAAGCACCGCAAGCUUCUGCAUGGCAUCCACAGGGCUGACUCUGUGGCCUGGAACCCACACAAGAUGCUGAUGGCUGGGAUCCAGUGCUGUGCUCUCCUUGUGAAAGACAAAUCUGAUCUUCUUAAAAAAUGCUACUGUGCCAAGGCAUCUUACCUCUUCCAGCAGGAUAAAUUCUAUGAUGUGAGCUAUGACACAGGAGACAAGUCUAUCCAAUGUAGCAGAAGACCAGAUGCAUUCAAGUUCUGGAUGACCUGGAAGGCCCUGGGUACAUCAGGCCUUGAAGAGAGAGUUAAUCGUGCUCUUGCUUUAUCUAGGUACCUAGUAGAUGAAAUCAAGAAAAGAGAAGGAUUCAAGUUACUGCUGGAACCUGAAUAUGCCAAUAUUUGCUUUUGGUACAUUCCACCGAGCCUCAGAGAGAUGGAAGAAGGACCUGAGUUCUGGGCAAAACUUAAUUUGGUGGCCCCAGCCAUUAAGGAGAGGAUGAUGAAGAAGGGAAGCUUGAUGCUGGGCUACCAGCCACACCGGGGAAAGGUCAACUUCUUCCGCCAGGUGGUGAUCAGCCCUCAAGUGAGCCGGGAGGACAUGGACUUCCUCCUGGAUGAGAUAGACUUACUGGGUAAAGACAUGUAGCUGCGGCUUUCGUCCCCCAG